AAAACUCUCUCUCUCUCUCUCUCUCUCUCUCUCUCUCUCUCUCUCUCUCUCUCUCUCACUCACUCACUCGGCUAGCCACGCCGCGGGCCAUUUUUCUUUUGUUUUUUUCAUAGGAGAUGGCUAUGGCGGGAUCUUUGUCACGUUCUUUGGCGGAGGACGAGCGGGAGGGGGAGCGGGAGGAGCGGACUGAGCCGGAGGACGGAUGGGAAAAGGAGCGGGAAAAGGAGGAGUGGGAGGAGGAGCGGGAACAGGUGCGGGAGAAGGAGCAGGAGGGGAAAUGCGAAGGGGCGGAGGAGCCGCGGGAGGAGGAGCUGGAGAAGGAGGUGCGGCAGGGGAAACGGGAAGUGGAGAUCGGGGUGGUGUAUGUGUCCACCGACGUCAUGCGUGGCAGAAAGGACGCCAGUGCCCUCGCGAACGCAUGGUUGAAAAGGGUGAAGUCCAUGGACGUUCAAUUGAGCGACAUCACGGCGUUCGUGACGGACUCCGCCGGGGUGAACGUCGCGGGGAUGGAGGUAUUCCAAAAAGAUGAGAGCGUGAAACACAUCUUCUGGAUUCCUUGCAUCGCCCACAUCAUGGAUCUCCUUCUCGAGGACAUCGGCGGGAUUGAUUGGGUGGCUUCCCGCAUUUCUCAAGCGAGGCUGGUUACAAGGUUCUUCAAGCGCCAUGGACAUGCGAGAGAGGUUCUUGAGGCGCACUCGACGAAGACUCUUCUGCGACCGGCGGAGACGCGUUUCAGCACGAACGUCAUCAUGAUGGAGAGGCUGGUGGCACUGCGGGCCGCGUUGACAGAUGUUGUGGCCGACGAUCGCUGGCGCGAGACUGUUUGGUCGACCAGCAAGAUCCGCAAGGAUGCAGCGGAGGUCACUGCAUGUAUCGGCUCCCCUCCAUGGUGGGAGGAUUUGAGAGCUCUGUGCAAGAUGCUAGAGCCCAUCAUGGGCAUGCUGAAGUUGGUGGACAGCGACACACGCCAGAUCAGCAAGAUUCUGCGACGUUACAAGAAAAUGAUUGCAUCUUGUUUAUCUGCAUGUCGUGACAUUGAUCGGGAGCAGCAGGACGCUAUUGGGGGUCAUGGUUCGCAGCUGUUAUCGGACGGCGUGUCAUCAGUCCAUCCACCAGAGGAGGGCCCGCAGCAAGAGCCACAUCGAGGGCCAGCGGAGACUUUAGAGACGAGGCCUCCCGGAGUUAUCCGCUCGGACGGAGGCGAGGGCGUGAGCGAGGAUACAACGCAGCCAGGGAGCGCAGAUGGUGGACGGUCCUUAAGGGGGGCCAUCGAGCGCAGAGGGUCAGCGACCGCACACCCCAGUAUUGUCAGGCCCAGUACACAUGACGUUGGAGACGAGCACACAGAUGAGCCUCGACCGCAUUUGACGGGGAUGCGUGACAUUAUGUGUCCACCACCCUCACGCCCCUCUGCCGCUGAUCCUGCCGCCCACGGGCAGGCCGCGCCGAGCGCAUUGCCUACGAGGUCUUUCUACGACGGUGUGGGCAUGGACCGGAGGGCGGGCGAUAUCGGACAGACAUCAGCAUAUGGACCGGCAGAUGUGCCCGCGGGGGCGCGAUCGAUCGGCAACGUCGAUGGCACUUGUCAUGAUUCCAUGAGAGCUUACGAGGAGCAGCAUGGGAGGCCUAUACGGGCCAAGACGAGCGAUGUCGACGACACCAGGACGGCAACUGUGAGGCUGUCACGGGCGAGGAAGAAGGGAACAGGGACGAGACCAGACAGAUGCCAGCUGCCGCAGAUGGACAGGGGGGGCCGGAGGGAGGUGACAGAGUGGACGAAGCAGGUCGAGGUGAGAAGAGACGAGGCGGCACGAUCAUCCUCCACGACGACAGCUCCACAGCCGCCGAGGGCGGUGAGACCACAGGCGCCGACAAUCCUGAUGACUCCGAUUACGUCCCGAGGAUCUGCACGGCGGACGGAGAUGACGGCGGAGGUCGUCGCGUGAGGAUGAGGACUGGACCUGGCCCGGAUGGUCAUUGCACCCCAGCGACACAUUUGCCGCCUAUUGAUCGA